CCGCGCUGAGAGCUGGAACUAUGCCGCGGGGCCGGCCGCGCAAACAAAGGAUUAAAGCUGACAGCGAAAUCGAUGGAGCUGAAGAGGCGAGUUCAGACAGCCAGAAGAAUGUGGAGCACAAAUGUAAUAUUUGCUCUCAAAGUUUUGUCACUGACAGUCAACUGCAGAGACAUCUGCGAGACCAUGAGGUCAAUGAUAAGCCGUAUCGGUGUGACCAGUGUCCCAUGUCCUUUAAUGUGGAGUGCAAUCUUGGCCUUCAUAAAUCCACUCACAGCACCAGUGAGCUCAAGUGUCCAGUGUGUCAUAAGAAGUUCUCCAGAGUGGCCAGUCUGAAGGCACAUGUCAUGAUACAUGAGAAAGAAGAGAACUUCCUGUGUUCAGAGUGUGGAGAUGAGUUCAUUCUUCAGAGUCAGCUCUCUCUGCAUCUGGAGGAACAUCGUAAAGAACUCAGUGGAACAAAGUCAUACACCUGCAAGACCUGCAGCAAAGAGUUCACAGCGCAAAAUCAGCUAAAGGAACACUUGAAAAUUCAUGCCAAAAUCAGGCCUAUUAUAACAAGUUCAAGAAACUACAAGAACAUCGAUCGGAGAGGAUUCAAGAACAUUUGCCACCACUGUGGGAAGACGUUUAAGAAACCCAGUCAGCUUGUUCGACAUAUACGUAUUCACACAGGUGAGAGGCCGUAUAAAUGCACUCACUGCGGAAAGUCCUUCAACCAGAAGGUGGUGCUGCAGACACACAUGGUGCGGCACACUGGAGAGAAACCUCACAUGUGUUUACAGUGUCCUGCCUCAUUCUCACAGAAAGGAAACCUGCAAUCACAUGUUCAAAGAGUUCACUCACAGGCGGCGAGUGGUCCUCUCUUCCCCUGUAUGGACUGCAGCUGUGUAUAUAAGAAGCUUGGCAGCCUCAAUGCUCACAUCAGCAAAAUGCAUAUCUCAGUGAUGGAGGUGGAGGAGCCAGCCACACAGAAGGGUGACUUGGGGGCCUGUCAGGGUGCGACGGGGUCAGAGGGCACGGAGGGUGUGACAGAUGUUAUCCAACAGCUGCUGGAGCUGUCUGAUCAUGUGACAGCAGACAGCGUUCAAGCCCCUCCCCCUGGGCAGGCCAUUGACACAGCCAUCAACCAGGACAUCCUUCGGCAAGCUUUGGAGAAUAGCGGCUUGACCGAGAUUCCAGUUGGAUCUGAAGCUCAGAGCAGCAGCGCUGGACAGAAGACAGCAACAGCUCCCAGCAGCACCCCAACAGAUGAUGGACCAGUCACCUCAAAAAUACUCAUGACAGACACCAUUGUCAAGAAGGAGAAGAGAAGCAUCGUCAAAAAGCCUCCACAGAUGCUGGGCACUAUCAGACAGGACAGUGGCGUGAGGUGGCACGGCUGUCCAUACUGCUCAAAAGAGUUCAAGAAGCCAAGCGACCUGGUGCGUCACAUCCGCAUUCACACUCACGAGAAACCCUACAAGUGUAAGCAGUGUUUCCGUGCUUUUGCAGUGAAGAGCACGCUGACCGCUCACAUGAAGAUCCACACGGGCAUCAAAGCCUUUGAGUGUCACUACUGCAUGAAGUGUUUCUCUACAUCUGGCAGCAUGAAGGUCCAUCAGCGUAUACACACCGGUGUACAUCCGUUCCCAUGUCCUCAUUGUGAGAAGUUCUUCCGUACUUCAGGCCACAGGAAAACACACAUUGCCUCUCACUUUAAGAGCAUACACCAGAAGAAGCACAAAUACCCCAGAAAGCCUCAUAAAACACGAGUGUCCAGGAGCAAUCUGCCUCUGCCUGAUAUACCACUGCAAGAGCCAAUACUCAUCACAGACAUGGGGCUCCUGCAGAACCAGAACUCACGGGCCGCGCUGCAGCAGUAUCUGGACAUCGUGGAGAAUGAGCGGCCUUACAAGUGUGGAUACUGCAGUAAAGCUUACAAGAAAUCAAGCCACCUUAAACAGCACAUCAGGUCACACACAGGAGAGCGGCCGUACAAGUGUCUGCAGUGCAGUAAGGGCUUUGCGUCAUCCGGCGUGCUGAAAGCUCACAUCCGCACUCACUCUGGACUCAAAGCCUUCAAGUGUCUGCUGUGUGACACCACCUUUACCACCAGCGGUAGCCUGAGACGUCACAUGACCACACAUAGCGAAAUAAGACCGUACAUGUGUCCAUACUGCCAGAAGACCUUCAAAUCCUCCCCCAACUGCAGGAAACACAUGAAAACACACAGAUAUGAGCUGGCACAGCAGCUGCAGCAGCAGCAGAGCUCCGACGACAUGCAGCCGCCGGCCGCUGACACACAGAACUUGCUGGAGGUGGUGGGAGAUGGUCAGCAGGUGGCACUACCCACUGCACUGGAGGAGGAUGCCCUGCAGGACACGGAAUCGUUUGUGAGCACGCAGCAUACUCUGCCACAACACAUGAGUCAGUAUGACACGCCAGCGCUGCCACAGCCCACGUAUGAGCAGCCCGCACUCACACAAGGUUUCACUAUCUCUGAUGGGUUCACUCAGCAGUCUCAUUUCUCUUCGGUUCAGCAGCUUCAGGACUCAAGUACACUAGAGUCACAAGCCCUCACAUCCAGCUACCACCCUCCACUACUGCACGACACACACACUGAGACGAGUGGUUUACUGCAGGAAGCCAGUCAGGGUGAUCUGCCACUGUCCAUCCAGACACAAGAUUUCCAGGACGAGGAUGACAACAACAAGAGAGUUUAUCAGUGUAAUAUGUGUGAUAAGAGUUUUAAGAAGUCCAGUCACUUGAAGCAGCACGUGCGCUCACACACGGGUGAAAAACCGUACCGCUGUAACAUCUGUGGCCGGAGCUUUGUGUCCACUGGAGUGCUCAAAUCUCACCUCAACACACACACAGGAGUCAAGGCGUAUAAAUGUAACAUGUGUGAUGCUUGUUUCACCACUAAUGGCAGUCUGAACCGUCACAUGAUCAUUCACCUGAACACAAAGCCCUUCAAGUGCACCAUGUGUGACGAGAGCUUCCGUACAGUCAUGCUGCGCAGGAAACACAUGAAAGUCCUGCACGCUGUAGGCCCCAGAGUUGUGGAGGUAGAUGAGGCCGGCGAAGAGAAUGAUGGGUCAGAUCGCUCCGGGUUUAAAAGGAACCGCACAGGCAUCAUCACGCUAACUGAGGAGCAGACGGCAGAGCUGGCCAAGAGAGACCCGGGGGAUGAAGCGUCUUUGUCAGAGAAAGUUCUGGCUCAGACAGCCGCUGAAAGAGAUCGGAUCAGUGAGGUUAAAGAGAAAGGUGUUGAUCUCAACAUGGAGCCCAAGUUUGCUAACCGCUGUCAGUACUGCCCAAAGAGCUUCAAGAAGCCCAGCGACCUGGUCAGACAUAUCCGGAUACAUACAGGCGAGAAACCGUACAAGUGUGACGAGUGUGGGAAGAGUUUCACUGUGAAAUCAACACUGGACUGUCACAUAAAGACACACUCAGGGCAGAAGCUAUUCAGCUGUCACAUGUGCAACACUUCGUUCUCCACUAAGGGCAGUCUGAAGGUCCACAUGCGUUUACACACAGGCUCAAAACCCUUCAAGUGUCCUUUCUGUGACCAGCGCUUUCGCACAUCAGGACACCGCAAGACACACAUCCAGGGUCACAUCAGACCGUCCGACCGCAAGAGCAAGCGCAGCUUGAGCACAGAUCCGCAGGUAGCUCAGGACAUCCAGAGUGUUCCUCAGUCUCGGCACACAUCCUUAACUUCAGACGGCCAGCCAGCAGUGGGAUUAUUACAGACCACCAGCGCUGAUCCAAACAUCUACAUCCCAGCAAACCCAGUGCUGACGGGCCCGUAUGAGUCCAGUCUGCUGCAGCAGGGGCUGGUGGGACAAGCCAUACUGCCUGCGACUGUGUCGGCGGGGGGAGAUCUGACCGUGUCUCUGACCGAGGGUCUCGCUACACUGGAAGGCAUUCACCUGCAGCUCACGUCUGCUAACCUGGUGUGUCCAAACGUGCAGAUCUCUGGGAUCGACCCCAGCAACAUCAACAACAUCACGCUGCAGAUUGACCCCAGUAUUCUCCAGCAUACGCUGCAGCAGAGCAGUUUACUGUCUCACUCUCUGACGGGUGACCCGGGUUUGACCCAGCACACAAGCGCUCACCUCCUGACUUCAGCAGACGCUGCUGUUCCUGCUAAUGUCGUCAUCCACCCGCUAAGCGGCCUGUCUCUGCAGCCGACACCAGCAGCAGCCAACAUCAGCAACAUUACAAAUCAGCAUGACAACAACACAGUCCUCUCAGGUUCUCAGGUGCUGCCGCAGGUGUCGAGCACUGCAGGUCUGGUGAGCAGUAGCAGCAACGCUCCAGAAAUCACUCUGACUAUCAAUAACUCCAGUCUGACUCAAGCUCUGUCACAGAGCAGUGUUGCCGCACACACACCCGCCACCAGUGCACCAGAGAUCACACUCACUAUAGCAGGUGAGGAUCUGCUCCCGCACCACUCCACUGCCGACAUGACCUCUGACCUCAGACUCACUACAGUCAGCAACAGUCUGACUCUGAACAACCAGCGAUUGCUUCCUCUCAGCUCUGCUCCUUCAAACAUCAGCGUCAGUGCGCUGGCACCCAGCACUUCUCUCUCUCAGACGGCCAUGUCAUCUCAGAGUCUGGUGAUGUCAUCAGGGGGCGUGGCCAGUGACGGCAGUGUGACUCUGACUCUAACAGACACACAGAUACUUGACACUGUCUCGCUCAGCCUGAACACACAGAUGGUAGACAGUCAAUCAUUGGAGAAGGAUACAGAGCAGAAGCAUGAGUGUUAUUACUGCAGUCAGACACUGAAUACUGUAAACGCACUGAGACGGCACUGCAAACAGGUCCAUGGAAGAGACCGCUGUCAUGUCUGCCGCAUCUGCAAUAAAGCUUUCAAACGAGCUACACACCUCAAGGAGCAUGAGUAUGUGCAUAAAGAAGGACCCAGUGUGAACUCACAGAAACCAAAAGGGUUUAAAUGCUCCAACUGUGACAAAGCCUUCACCAAACCCAGUCAGUUAGAGAGACACAAUCGCACACAUACAGGUGAGCGGCCGUUCAAAUGUUCACUGUGUGAUAAAGCAUUUAAUCAGAAGAGCGCUCUACAGGUGCACAGGGUCAAGCAUACGGGUGAAAAGCCCUACAGGUGUGAAGUGUGCACUAUUAGUUUCACUCAGAAGAGCAACAUGAAACUACACAUGAAGAGAUCGCACGGUUACACAGCCUCCAACAAACUCUUCGCUAAACCACAGGAAGUGGAGGUGGUGUUGGACCAUGAUUCUGAGUCUGAUACUCAGCAAGUGAGUCAGGAGAGCAGAGCGAGUCAGUCAGGACUGGAUCUGGAGGAGGUUGUGCAAGAGUCCUCAGGAGACUGGCAGUGUCCCAUUCCCACCGUCUUCCCAUGAACCCCUCACUCAGAUCCUCGUUCAGAUCCAUUACUUUCCAUGUCAUUUGAAACCAAUUGGACUUUCCUUCUUCUCUGGAAUACAAAAGGAGAAGUUUUGAAGAAUCAGCAUGCUAUAAAACAACAACUCAUGUCUGUCAAGCUCCAAAAAUGUCCUUAAAACAACAUAAAACAAAUCAGAUUGCACUUUACAAUAAGGUUCCAUUUAUUAACAAUGAACAAUACUUUUACAGCAUUUAUUAAUCUUAGUUAGUGUUCAUUUCAACAUAUACUAAUACAUUUUUAAAAUCAAAGUUGUAGAAGUUAACAUUAAUGCACAAUGAAUAAAAAUACAAAUGUUCAAAGAUGAAUAAAUACUGUAGAAAAUAUAUUGUUCAUGAUUCCUAAAGCAUUAACUAAUGUUAACCAAUGUGACCUUAUUGUAAUGUGUUACCACAAACCAUGACAAAUAUUAUAAAAUAUCAACAGGCCAAACAUUUCAGCAUGAUUCACAGAAAAAUGAUAUGAAGUGCUAUUUUCACAUCUAAAUUUGAAUUACAUAUAUGAUUUGAAGGUUUUUUAGUAAAUAACAACCAAAUUCUGGUCUGUUAUUUUGUCUUAUGGGUUACUAUGUUUUGUUGUUGUUUUUUGAAGCUUGUCAGACGUGUUUACUAUGAACUGUUGUUGCAUGAACGAGAUCUGUGUGAAAUCUCUUUAAGCAUGUCUACCUUUGUGCUCCCGGAACAGCAUAAAGGUUUGGAACAACAUGUGGGUGUGUGAAUAAUAACUGGAUUCCAAUUUUUAGGUGAACUAUUCUUUCAAGGCUUGUUUACUUUGACAUAAGCCAAAUGUUGCUCACUUUUUAUUCUUGCCAUUAGUGGGACAUACAUGGCACAAAUCAUGUUUAUUUCUGUGAAUGUACAUUACUUUUAAAGUUGUAAAUAGCUACUUCUCAUUGCAUUAGACGGCAGAUGUUUUGUACGUUUUAUUUUUAAAGCUGUACGGUUUAAGUUGGAGCCGUAUUUGUCACUACUUAAGCAAUUUUGUAUUGGAAAACACCAUUUUCAUUUGUAUUCAUAUCCGUGGUAUAAAGCACCCAUCUAACGCAGAAAAUUUUGUUUGCUACUCUCAGCAUGUCAAUAUUACUUGCAAGACAAUAUGAAUUAAACACAGAGGACAACAAACAUCUGAUAUCCUGUGAUGUAGAGCUGCUGAGCUGCUCCCACAUUAAAGGGUUAUUUCUCCCAAAAACAACCCUCAUGUCUUUUCAAACCCGUAUGACUUUCUAUCUUGCGUGGAACUCAAAAGAAGAUGUUAGCCAGAAUGUAAAAGAAGAUGAUGAUCUUCAAAAAGAGAAUGGUGACUGAUCUCUUUAUUAUCAUCUCUGCCUUUAUUGUUUAGCAGAAAAUUCAUUCUGUGCCAUAUUAUUCUAUGAUAUCUCAAGCUCAGCACAUCAAUUCAUAUGAUGUGACCUCAGUGUUUGUGGACUUGUGUGCUGUUGAUGAUAUUUCUUUAAAUGAUCAAAUGGUUUGUGAUGUUGUAAACUAGUUUCAUUUCAAAUUGGGAUUUCAUAACUAUCUGCAUGUAAAUAAUGUGAAAAACAUAUGGUGGAUACAGUAUUUUCUGAAUAGUAAUUGGUCUUUUUCUUUAAUGGCUACACUAUUGUACAUUUUUAUAUUGUUUUUCGCUGGAAUGAUCCAAUUUUGUCCAGACUUUGUAAUAUGCAAACAUAUUUAAGAAUAAAUGUUUUUUUUUUUUUUUAACAAAUGUCUGUGAAGUCUAGAGUAAAAUCAGUAAAUCAGAGACAAACUUAAUAA